ACCUGUAUCGUCACACCCAUAAAGAGUUUUAUGACAUACCCGAUAAACUCCUGCAUCACUCAUGGAAUAUGCAAACAGCAAGAAGCGACAAAAGGAGCUUCCGCGACGUCCUUGAACGCAGCAGAUUUGCAGGGAGUGGCCCCCGCACCUGUCCGACCUGUUUGGGGGACACAUGACUCCGGAGGAAUUUCUAACGCUGCCACCGUCCAUUGUCUAGCGGGGUGUACUUUAGUGGGAGACAAGAGCGUGUGAGCCAGAGGAGAGGAGGAGACACGGAGAAGAGAUGUCGGAACCAGCCGCCAAUCCCGCCGCCAAUGCCGCCGCCACCUCCUUCCCAGGGCCAACUAUUUCUUUACCUUUGGGACUGGACGUGUUGAGGACUUACUCCGGAGCCCUGAUCUGUUUAGAAAUACUAUUCGGUGGUCUAGUAUGGAUCCUGGUGGCGUCCUCCAACGUGCCCGUUCCUCUGCUGCAGGGCUGGGUGAUGUUCGUCUCCGUCACCGCCUUCUUCCUCUCCUCGGCCUACCUCGCUCUCCUCAUCACUGGUUUGGCCGAGCGCAUCUACACUAACUGGAACUUCUUGGACCUGUUUUACCAUUUCAUAGCCUUGCUUUUCUACUUUGCUGCUUUCGUGUUGGAGGCAGCGACCACGGCAGCAAAUGGAGGGGCUAACGUGAAGCUGCUAGGAAACGGCACUGUCCAAAUCACCCACCCUCGAGGCAAUGUAUUCACAUUCCUGACCGAAAGGCAAUACAGUAUUAAUGUUGCAGCCACGAUAUUUGCGUUCGUGGUGACUCUGUGCUACGGCUGCAGUAUGGUGAUGGCCUUCAAAAGGUGGAGGAUGUAACAGGGAAGCGAACUAAUUUUAUAACUGCUUCGUAACUACAGAACACAUUGCAACUUCAGCCACGUCGUCCACUGCUCCACAGAGAUGCAGUUAAGUGCCCACUUUAUACGCUUCUGAUGGGAAGCUCUCGUCGCAAAGCAAACGCUGCAUCAAAGAUAUGGUGAGAAAGUAUGGGUGGUUAAACCUCCGCCUCAGGCAAAACAUCUGCCAAGAUUUCUGCAGAAUAACACAAAUCAAAAAUUGGUUUCCUUCCUCAACCUCUGCCGUCAUCAAAGCCACUUGACCCGGCAAACUGAUAGUGGACGCUAGUAGUAUGCGAUGCCAUACAGCACUGAGACGUGGUUAUUUUGCAAGAAAAAAUAUGCUUUAGAGUUCUGGUUUUGGUCUCAUGAAUCACACAGGAAUUUGUCCCAUUUACUGAGUCUCACUGGAACAAAUAUUUCUUAUUUUGAGCACCGUCAGAAUGUGCCUAUGUACUGUAUGCUGCUAACACGUCAUGUCCAACUGAUUUGACGACGCAGCUCGUUUUGAAGACUAUAACAGACUGCACGGCUGUCUUUCAGUUAUGUUGGUGCUAAAAAGCUGUAGAUUCUUUAGAUUUAAAAUGUUUAUGUGUUCACAUUUGGACUUCUUUCUCUUAUUGAUUCUCUCAGUAAAUUUACAACGUUGUAACCAGUGAAAACGUUCAAUAAUCCUAGUGUAAUAAUACCUGUUAAUGUUUAACCUUUGUGCGUGUCGUUCUGUUUAGCUAACUUUAGUGACCUCAUGGUAAAUAAAAUUUAUCAUGAGGUCUUGUUUCGGUGAAUCAGUCAUUCUGAUAAAGUAAUCAUUUAAACCUGGUCAACAACAACUAAUUAAUGUACUUGUGGAUCAUUUAAAUACUGUAUGUAUGUUUUUGAUGUUUAUUUAACUGUAUUGAUGCAGUAUAAAAAUGCUAAAAUCUUACCUGUCACAUGAUUUCAUAGUUGCAUAUGCUGUAGCCUUUGGUUUGCAUCAGGCUAUUAAAGUAGAUCAUUACUUUAAAAUAGUUUCAAAUUAAAUUUUUGAUUGUAAUUUGACAUCUGCUGUUAUUUUAGUGCAUUUUAGAAAUAAAAGUUUUGAAAAAACAAAAUAAAAUA